GUUUGGGCUGUGGAUUAAGACCGAAGAUGUCCCGAAUACCCCGGAUUUGCAACUAAAUGGAAGGAAACCCGUCUGCCGCCGGAAAAUAUGGAUAAUUCUGUUGACUUUUGGAGAAGUAUUCUGUGGUGGUGGAGGGGUUUCCCUCUGCUCCUCUUCAUCGUCAGUCAAGCAAUUGCAGCCUCAUUCUACGGUGAUGGCUUUGUCUUGCUGAAGACUGUGGAGUCGUCCGUCCGCACAACGCUUCAUGUCCGCUUCCGUACCUCCACCAGUAGUGGGGUUCUCUUCCUGGCUGCUGGAGAUACCGACUUCUGCCUUGUGGAACUUCAGUCUGGACGAAUUCAGGUGUCGAUGAAUCUGGGAUCUGGCGUCCGCAAUCUUCGCUCCGAGAAAGGAGUUCAGCUGAACGACCUGGUCUGGCACACCAUGGAGAUCCAGCAGGACCAGCACAACGUCGCGCUGACCGUCGACAAACAUUCCCACUCCAGCCUGCGGAUGCCAGGGCCAGACCUGGAGCUGAGUGUCCAGGACGGUCUCUUCGUGGGAGGCCUGGGAGGCCUGGAGAAGCCUUACCUCUCCACGGAAAGGACGCUCGUAGGUUUCCGAGGCUGCUUGGAUGAAGUGCUGUUCAACCAACACAACCUGCUCUCCUCCCUCCGGCCAUACUCGGGCUAUAAAAGAGUUCACGAGGUGUCACUUGGGUGCAGCCCAGUGUUCUCUGCCAGCGCCGAUGACCCCAUACACUUCUUCAGCUCCAGGGCCUAUAUCUCCCUCCCAACGUGGGACGUGCCCCAAGAGGGGGUUUUCGAGUGUGAGCUUCACCGCUCAGCCAAAAAUGGGAUUAUCCUCUACAGUUCUGCUAGCAAAGGUCACUACAUUGGCAUUGAACUGCAAGAUGGCCAUGUGGUUGCAAUGAUUGGUGCACAAGCCACUAAGACUGAGCUUCGAUCCCCAUUGCCAGUUAGUGAACAUGACUGGCAUCAAGUGAAGCUGCACUUAUCCACACUGAGCUUCCACUUGGUUGUGGGCACAGACAUGCAGAACUCUAGUUUGGGUACGCACACCAAUGCCCUCCAGCUCAGUGGGCCUCUUUUCAUCGGUGGCGUUGAUGGUGAUACCCGUGCACAGGCCAGAAAGAAGGGGCUGCAGUCUCUGUCAGGGAAACAAAUUGGAGGAGGAUCGCUCAGAGGAUGUCUGAAAGGGAUUAGAGUCAACGCGCAAAAGAUGGGCUUGCCAAAUGCUCUGGUAACAAAGGAUGUUUCUGUUGGCUGUGAGACUGAGGGAACAUUUGACUCAAUGACCACACCCGAGCCAAUCUUCCCCACCUCAUGGAAUCAAUCUGGAGUGGACUGUAAGAGGGGACAAAGCUUCAUGGUUCUUGAGAACCUGAUCGUUCCUGAGGGGGGCCGGGCUCCCUUGGGAUUUCGCCAUGUCAAGAUGAACCUGGAGUUACGGAGCUUAGGAAUCCAUCAGUCCCAGAUCAUGUUCCGUGUCGAGGAGCAGCCAGUUCAUGGACAGCUGAGGCUGGACGUUGACCCAGACCAGGAGGAGCACACCUUCAGCCUCCUGGACCUUUGGCAUGGCCGGGUUAUGUACGUCCAUGGAGGAUCAGAGGACCGGGCGGACUUCUUCAUAUUUUCGGUGUUCAGCAGCAGUAAGAGACAAAUACCACCCUGCAUGAGGGGGAACAAGCUUCAUCGGUUCAACAUCAGCAUCACGCCCAGCAAUGAUGCUCCUGAACUUAGCCUUCCAGAAGGAAGCCUCUUUGUCCUGCUGGAACUGUCUAAACGGCAACUGACCACUGACAUGUUACGGGUUAUAGACCCUGACAGCAACUCCACAGACCUGAAAUUUACAUUACUUGGCAAUCUAAAGACAGAUGCUGGCUUUCUAGAAAUUGAAGAUAACCCUGGACAGCCAAUUAGGAACUUUUCUUACCUAAAUUUGGAGCAAGGAGAGGUUUAUUAUGUCCACACGGGCGUGAAGAACUCUAGAAUGGCUCUCAGGGUGAGUGAUGGGGACACGGUAAGUAACACGGUGGUGCUCAGAGUUAUGGCUGUCCCGCUGGAAUAUAGAGUUGUGAACAAUACAGGUGUGGAGGUGACUCAAGGUGGAUGGGCCAUCCUCAGCUCCAAGCACCUGGCGAUCCAAGUGAACGUCGCUAAGCAAGUGAUGGAGGUACGCUAUGAUGUUGUGGAGCCGCCUCAGUACGGAGAACUUCAGAGGCUGCAUUCAAGUGGAGAGUGGAAAAACACGUGCAUAUUUUCACAGAAGCUUCUAGAAAAGGACCGGAUCAGGUACAUCAGCACAUACCUGGGCUCCCAUCCCGGCAAUGUGACGGACAGCUUUAGAUUUCGGGUCACUAUCGACUCCAUGACGACUGAGGAAAUGCUGUUCCCUAUUGUAGUCCAGGGGAUUCACUACAAAGUCAUUAAGAGCAAAAUGCAGGUGGAUGGUGAAAGCGGGGUGACGCUGACACCCCAAGACUUACGGGCAGUGGCCAAGGGUAUGAAAAUCUUAGAAAGUGAGCUGUACUUUUUGUUGCUGUCAUUACCAAAGAAAGGAAACCUGUUACUUGACAAUAAACUGCUGAGGAUCAACUCCACUUUCAGCCAGAAAAACAUUUCUGAUCUGAAACUGCACUAUGAGAUGGUGAGCACUCCAUCUGCCGACACAAGGGACUCAUUCACUUUUCUAGUGUUUUCCAAAUAUUCUUAUUCAGGGAACCAUGACUUCAGAUUUAUGAUCAAGGCACGGAACAUCGCUUUAACAAACCUUGGGCUUAAUUUGAUGGAAGGGGAAAGUAAAGUCAUCACCAAAGAUAAGUUGUUUUCUGAGACCCUCACCUCCAGUGAAGUGCACUAUAAAGUCACCAGCGGUCCCAAACAUGGGAUGUUAAAGAAAAUCAACCUUUCAAAUUCCACAAGCAAUUAUGAAAACAUUUUACAGUUCACAAAUCAGGACAUCCUAGACGGUCGGCUCAUGUAUGCCCAUGACGACAGUGAAACCACUUAUGAUGAAUUCAUUUUCCUUGCCUCUGUGCCUUCAACUAAAGAUGAAGAUAUUGUAAAGGGAACUUUCAAGAUAUCCAUUGAGUUAGUCAAUGACGAAAAACCUGUCCGUGUGGUUGAUAAAGUCUUCCAUGUGGUAAAGAAUGGCCAGAGAAUCCUAACGUUGGAGGAUUUGUGUUACCACGAUGCUGAUUCUGACUUUGACGAUGGGCAGUUGGUCUACACUAGACGGGGGAUUCCCAUGGGUGAUAUUGUCUUGGUGAAUGACACUUCACAUAAGCUGUAUCAGUUCCGCCAGAAGGAUUUGGAGGAGAAGAUCAUUUUAUUUGUCCACAACGGGGCGAGCUAUGGUCGUUUUGUCCUCUUUGUAUCAGAUGGAAGGCACUACUCAUCCACCAUCUUGGAGGUCAUGGCUCAGAACCCAUACCUUAAAGUGGGAACCAACACAGGACUGAUGGUACAGAAGGGAAAGGAAGUAGUCUUGACCUCAGCAAACUUCAGCAUCAGCAGCAAUAUGGACAUUCGAGAAGAUCAGGAAGUGGGCUUUGACCUCUUCCUUCCCCCACGUCACGGGAGUCUCAUGUGCAAUGGAACAGGGAAGAAGACAUUUACUCGGCAAGACAUCAAUGCUGGGCAUGUGAUAUAUCGACACAAUGAUGGCAUGAAUCUUUUGGACUUCUUUAAUUUCACCAUCAGGGUAAAAAAGCUGAAGCUAGAUGCAAGUGUUGUCCUGAAAGUGUUCCUUGAGAGCCACCAGGAGCCCCCAAAAAUCAUUCAGAACAACCCCAUUGUGGUGGAAGAAAAGAAACCUGUGAAAAUCAGACAGAAAGAUCUUGAGGUGACCCACAAGGACAGCACACCCUCCGAGAUUGUGUAUUCAGUGAAGAAGGCCCCCUCCCAUGGCUUCCUGCGCAGAUCCGCAGGAAAGGACAAACCAUAUCAGGGGACAAUGGAGAAGCCCAUUCAGAGCUUCUCCCAGCAGGACAUCAAUGACGGACUCGUCCAGUACGUCCACGUGGGCUCAGACCACACAUCUGACACCUUCCUAUUAGACGUCAGUAAUGGGCUGACGGAGGUCAGUGACAUCAUGGUCACCAUGGAUGUCAUUCUUCAGUACAUUCCGCUGGAGGUCACCAGUAUAACCCUGAAAGAGGGGUCGUCCAGGGCCCUUACCAAGAAUGUCAUGCAAGUCACCAACCGCCAAUUUUUAGGGCUCAAUUUCUUUUACCAGGUGACCGAAGAGCCACGCAAUGGCCGUAUUGAGAAUUCACGGUUCCCAGGAGUUUCUAUCCCUGUUUUCUCUAGAUUACAGGCCGAGCAAGGCUUCAUUCAUUAUGUCCAUGAUGGGAGUGAGUCUCUAGCUGAUAGUUUUACCCUGAUUGCCAACGACACAGUCCUCAGGAGGUACAGCUUGCCCUGUGUUGUGUUUGUUAACGUGACCCCUGUUAACGAUGAAAUUCCGACUAUCACAGUAAACAGGAUUCUAAAGGUGUGGGUUGGCUCUGUCACAGAAAUUACAGUGGAUGACCUCAACGCUGAGGACAAAGACUCUACUCCAGAGCAACUGGAGUUCAUUGUGACCCCUCCCACUAAUGGUCAUCUGGCCCUGAAAAAUGCCCCCUCAAGACCCAUCCUGAACUUUACACAGGCACACAUCUUGACCAACCAGCUCGUGUUUGUCCACAGUGGUGCUCUGUCUGGUGGAUUUCACUUCCAAGUCAACGAUGGGCUGAAUUUUGCUGAAAGAGAGACUUUUUCCACUGGGGCGCGUACUCUUGUUCUUAACCUGGAGAGGAACUUGAUCCUGAAGGUUUUCCCAGGCACUUUGAAGGCCAUUACUGAUGAUAAUUUGUUGGUGGUGACCAAUGACUUCAGUGACAUCACUGGGAACCGUGCCAUCAUCUUCACAGUGAUUCAUCCACCAAAGCUGGGCCGAUUGGUCAGGCUGGCUGAAGAUAACGUUACAGAGGAAAUCUCGUCCUUUACUCAAAACAUGGUGAAUGAAGGGGAAAUCCGAUAUGAGCAAACUGACACUGAUGCUGCUGGUUGGGCUGCCAAAGACUCCUUCUCUUUUACUGUUCAUUCUUCUCCAUCCUCUCUUCCACCACAUACUUUCACCAUAGACAUCUCAUAUGACAAUGCAGGUCCAGAGCAAGGAAGUAUUCUUCUCGCUAACACUGGUGCUGUAGUGGCAGAAGGUGGGAAGGUUGUGAUAGACAAGUCCAAACUGGACGCCUCGAACUUGAUGAAGAAGGUUAAGACACCAGGGAACCACACUUAUGAGGUGUGGUACAGAGUGACAUCUCUACCCAGCUAUGGAGUAAUUUCUCUGGGAGACCAGAACUUGACAAAUGAGAAAGCUGACUUCUCCCAGAACACCAUUGACCAGGAUGGGAUAACAUACAUACACGACGAUUCAGAGAACCAUUAUGACUAUUUCUCCUUUGAUGUUUGGUUGAAUCAGAACAGUACGAAUGUCCAGCGACCCCAGGUGCGGAAUGAGAUUGUGUCUGAGUCCUUCAGCAUCACUAUAACACCUGUCAAUGACCAACCACCUGUGAUUAAGACACUGGCUCCUCUUCUGAAGGUGGCCCAUGGAGACACAGUCACCUUAACUCCUGAAAACCUCCAUGUGGAGGAUCCAGACACCCUACCAGAGGACAUUCAUUAUACAGUACUGAGCAAGCCUGACAAUGGCUUCCUGGUCUUGAGGAACAGACAAAAUGAAACGGUUCUAGCUUUCACCCAGGGAGAUGUGAACAAUGCACAAGUUUACUUCGUCCAAGAUGGAGAACUCGCCCCCGGAGUGUACAACUUCAGUGUGACCGAUGGAGUGCACCAACCAUUGCACACGCUCCUAAGAGUGGAGGUAGAGCCGGGCACCAUAACCUUAGUAAACAACACAGGCCUCACACUCAGGCAGGGGCAGACCAUAGUUGAGUUGACCUCUAAGCAUCUGGCUGCCAGAACUAAUAAGAGAAGUGCAAACAUUAAUUACCAAGUAACACAGCAGCCACUUUAUGGCAGCAUUCACAAAGAUAGCGAACAGGUGGUACAGUUUGACCAGGAGGACCUGCGAUUAGCAAAACUGUCCUACCAUAUGACUGAGCUGACUUCACCUCAGGACAGCUUUGAGUUUAUUGUCUCUGCUGGUGAGGUCAACUUGACGGCUGAGAGGGUCAACAUUACAGUCAGUCCGCUGAUCCGAAUGAGGCACCAUGUGCGCAUUCCAAGUGGCAUUGCGGUGAAGCUGAGGAGGAACGUAAUAGACGCUAGUGAGUUGGCGGCCUUAAGUCGCAGCGACCCAUUUUUUGAGAUAAUCUCACCUCCAAAGCACGGCAGGCUGGUAAAGUUUGGUCAGAAGUCUUUGGUUGUGAAGUCUUUCACUUUUCAGGAUGUGGUCCAAGGCAGGGUGGCCAUUGAGGAAAGCGCAAACAUAACCAGCCUUGAAGGCAACUUGACUCUUAGUAACAUGACCAAAAUUCACCAUCUAAAGGAUUCCUUUGAGUUUCUUCUGAAGGCCAAAAAUGUCCAACCAGCCCGAGGUGAAUUCAUGUUCACCGUUGUGCCAUACAAUCCUUUGACGGGAAUGCCUGUCAUCACAGAUGACUCUUCGGAUACUACUCAGUCACCGUUACUCAACAACACUAUCCAUUCUGGAUCUUCACUGCAACCACGCUCUGGCAGGGAACACCAGGAUUCACUGAGACCACAUAAGCACAAACACAAACACAAAGCACGGAAUCGUUCAGGAGGUCACAGCAACCAUGGCAAGCCUGCUGUCUCCAACACAUCCAAAACUACGUCUGGAAAACAGCCCAUAACGCUCCAGAACAUCCCCGUGUGGGUCGAGUCCAUGCCAAGGCCUGCGUCUGACCCGCUCCUGAUCAUCCUGCCCUUCCUCGCUUGCCUCUUCCUCAUCGUCAUCCUCAUCAUACUGAUCCUGGUCUUCCGGCAACGCCGGGAGAAGCGAGCUCGGCACAACAUGAUCCAGGAGAUGUCGGCGGUGAGGCAGACGGAUGAACAACCACCGCCGAGAAGCCCUUGCCUGGGCACUCCAGAGAGGAGCCUUGCUGUUCCGUCGGUGGUCGUCACGCCUGUGAGAUGUCCGGACAACCCCGUGCUGGACGGGGUGCAUGGAGAUGCAAUCGUGGCUGGCAUGAGCCCCCUCGAGACUCCUUACAUUCUCUGCGCUUGGACUCCUGUGACUCCAAUGGAGCCUGAGAUCAUUAUAGAGGAGCAAGCCAAUGCUCCCACACUUGGACAAAGUCAGUACUGGGUUUGACCAGUUUGGAUUCAAAGAGUCCAAGUACCUCAGCUUGGAAGUAAACCCAGAUGUGGGCUCUGGAGUUUCUUCCAAAGACUGCAACAGCCCUUGGUUUGACCCUGAGGACAACACAUUUUUUCAACAAGAAAUUGAAUUCUCAAAAAGACCUUAAAAGCCAUUGGGCUUUAGUUUGAAUGAGUUCAGUUUUUUAUAAUUUCUUGCCAAAGAGUUUGAUAUUUCUUGCCCAUGAUACUUGUGUCUGUUCUAGUGCUAGUUUGUUUUCAUGUGUGAUGAAAAGAAAUCUCAGCAACAGCACCUGAACUGUGGUCAUACUUUAAUGUUUUUAUUCAGUGAGACCUUCCAUAUCUUUCUCACAUACUAAUUUUGUCUUAUCUAAGAUACUCCCAUGAUUUUAACCCAUGCAUGUGAUUGAAGUGACUGGGGGUUAUACUCUCUCACCCUAAGACUGCAAUUGGUGUUCAAAUCCACAUUGUAUUUCAUAAAGCCCUAUAGUGCAGUGUUUUAUUUUCUAUUGUUUUUUUUUCAAACAAAAUAAAUGCAGUUGUACUGUUGCCAUACCCUCUGGGAGGAUUGCUUCUGCUGUCUCAUGGUUUAGGAAUGUGAGGACCAAUGCACUCGCCUAGUUUUACAAGACCAGACAAAACUAUUGCAUCGCACAAUUUGUUAUAUGCAUAUAUGAAGAAAACCUUAUGGAUUGUUUUGUGUGUGCUAAGUAAUAAAUUAAUCGAACAGCUCUUUAAUAUUUAUAAGGGAUGGAUGAGGCAUUUCAGAAAACUUAAAUCAUAAUCAGAUUUUCCUAGAAUUUUGGCACAUACAGUACCAGCAAUACUUGGGUAUUUUCUUUGUUUCAAAUUUGAAAGAGAUCAGUCCUCAGAGAAUAAGUGCAGAGGGUUAACAAGUUCAGUGUUAAAAUCUAUCAUCUAAAACUAUUGAAACAUAAUGUAAUAAAACAACUGCACUGCCAUAACCCAAGUUCAAAUUGACACAGAAUUUGUUGCAGGCUUAUGUGUCGAUGGUGUUGCCAUGGUAUUUGUGCAUUUUUAAGUCAAUCUACUCCCCAAGGUUUAACUUGAGUGUCAACACCCACCUCACCCAAAAUCUGUUUUGUGUUCAUCUGUUCCAGUUUCAGUUCAACUUUUAGUCUAUCUUUAUUUUCAAAAUCAUUCUUCCAAAGCACUCUGUAUGUGUGUAUGUGUCAUGUGUAUAUACUGUAUGUGUACAUAUGCCAUCCCUGCCAUUUCUGCUCCAUGAGCCAAGAUCAAC